AAAAAAGGCCAUAUCCCAUAUUUAUCAGAAUUGCAGCACUGCUCUUGCAGCUGCUCUCUGUCUCUGGGGAAAUUAGUCUUGUUUUUGCUUUAGCACUUGUAUUGUCUUUAUCUUGACCUCUUAUUUACCGUUUCUUCAGAUAGCAGAAUUUUUAUUAGCUUUACCUUUUUACAGCCUAGCUGGUGUGAGGUGUUAUAUUGUGGUCUGCGAUCCAACGUUGGACUUUGGUUUGAUCUUCACCUAUAACAAGAUAAAUUAGAGGACUAACCUUCAUAAUCCUCUAAGAUUUUACUGGUUUCACAUGAUUAAUUUAACCGUCUUGUGUACUUGUGAGUUCUAAAGCUGAAACUACAACACCAGAUAUUUGGAUUCUAUGACCGCUGGCUUUGUCUGUACCAGCAACCGUGGAGUAUCCUGUGGGUGUCCCUCCUCUCUGGAUGGGGAAGAGAACUCAAAGGAGGGAAUCAACAGGGCCCCGGUCACCUGGGCCAACAACUCCAACACGAGACACCAGGACAAUACGGGUGAAGAUGGUGCUGUUGGGAAGCUCUGGGGUGGGGAAGUCCAGUCUGGCAAUACGUUUCAGCAAGGAUGAGUUUAAAGGCACUUUACCCACCGUAGGCUGUGCCUACUUCACCCAGGUGGUGUGUCUGAGUGAUGUCACAUUUCACUUUGAGAUCUGGGACACGGCGGGACAGGAGAAAUACCACAGUGUUACCCCGCUGUACUACAGAGGAGCCCAUGCAGCACUGGUGGUGUACGAUAUCAGCAAACGAGAGAGCUUCAUAAGGGCCCAGAUGUGGCUUCGGGAGCUGGAGAAGCACUAUAUUCCGGCUUCCACCGUGAUGGUACUAGUAGGAAACAAGGGGGAUCUUUCAGAGCUGCGCCAGGUGACAUUACAGGAAGGGCAUAGUCUUGCCGUUGACAGAGGCUUGCUUUUUAUGGAGACCUCGGCCAAGUCAGGGAAUCAAGUCAGUGAACUGAUGCUGGCUAUUGCCCACAGGGUGAAGCGGUGUACGAGUGAGCAUCAAAGCGGUCUGACAGAGUGGCAGGAGACAGAGUUAGUGAACCUGCGCCGCUCUGAGACCCUACAGCACCCUCUUGCAUCCUGCUGCCCCUCCAUUGGACCCUAAUGUGUGUUGUGUGUGUGUGUGUCUGAUAUUUUUGUGAGGAACUGUAUGUUCAAAGAUUUAAGUUUAAGACAAUGACUUCUCAAUUACCCAAUAUCAGCUCAGUUAAUCCCUACCAUUGUGACAAUGAGUUGUCAUAAUGCUGCAUCAAAUGUACGUUAUCUGAGGGGCGUUGGCAGACACAAUGUAAGUAACUUAAUUUAUGUGCCCCUAAUUGCACUCUGUUUAUCUUGCAGCUAUUUUAUGCAGUACUCAUGUGCCUAUGAACCAGAGUUACAAUGUCAGCACUGAGGUGGUGUGCCCUAGUAGGAAGUCCACUGUGUUCAGCUCACCAUGUACUAUCAGCUCCAAUAUAAAUAACAUGAGCAAGUCUACUGCUGAUAAGCUCCCCAGUAAAUUAUUAAAAACAAUUAAGUAACCCAGAAAAGUGCUAGAAAUAGUCAAUAAUGUUCUUGUAACAGAUGACAUCUAUAUUCUGACUGUCUCUGACACUCACUUAGAUAAUACCUUUGAUGAUACAGUGAUGGCAAUACCUGGCUAUAACAUCUACCGAAAAUACAUAAAUGCCAACAGGGGUGGUGUUGUGGUCUAUAUUCAGAAUAUCAUUCCUGUAAAGCUUAGAGAGGAUCUCAUGUUAAAUCUUAUUGAAGUAAAAUGGCUACUAAAGCCCAUUCUUGUGGGAAGCUGCUAUAGACCACCAAGUGCUAACAGUCAGUAUCUGGAUAAUAUGUGUGAAAUGCUUGAUAAUGUAUGCGAUAU